AUGACAACGAAGGGCAGAGUGCCCAAGGAUUUUGUAACCGAUUACGCCGGCGACAUCGGGGCCGAUUUUGAGCUUUGGCUCGAGGAUGUCAACGACUACUUAGCAAUUUGUAAUGUUUCUACUGCUGCUGACAAAAAGCGUAUAUUUUUGAAUUUGGCCGGACUCUCAGUUCGCAAAGUUGUGAAGGGUCUGGUUAUUCCUUCUCCGCCAGCAAAUGAUGAUGGUUCUCCUGGAGACGAAUACGUAGCACUGACGGACGCCAUUCUGGCGCACUUCCGUCCCACCAUCAAUACGACGUCAGAACGUCACAAAUUCCGGCAGCUCAAACAAGGGCCGGAGGAAUCCGUCUCCACCUUCGUUGGCCGUUUACGAGAGAGAGUGGACUUAUGUAAAUUCGGGGCGACGGAUGUGGACAGCGUGGUAAACUCCCAGGUGCGAGACCAGUUGGUUGCAGGUUUGAAAUCCCUCGAAGUUCGUCGCGAGUUGCUCAAGGAGUCCAGACUCACCCUUGCAGAUGCCAUCACCAAAGCAGUGGCACUGGAGACCUCCUAUGCGGAGAGUAAGCUGUAUGAUCCGCCGGCAGAGCCUGCCAAUCAGUUUAGCUCAGUGCCUGCCGUUAGUGCGACCAGACAGCAACGCAGACAGCCACGUACACUAUCUGGUUCUUGCAAGUACUGUGGCCGUACCCAUGCUAAGGGAAAGUCGUUUUGCCCUGCAGCCAACAUCCGCUGUUGCUGUUGUAGCAAGGUCGGACAUUUUGCGGCUGUAUGUCAGUCGCAACGCUCUGGAUUAGAUGCUAACGCCGUCGACAAGGAGCCCGCCGACCUAGCUGACCAGGCUCAUUUGCUUUAUGACACCGUGUACAUGGCUGAGCAGACCGGGUCACACCGCCAGUUCCUCGCAUCGCUACUGGUGGAUGGCAAGGAGUGUGAAGGUUUGCUGGAUACUGGUGCAAGCCGUAUUAUUCUCACCGAUGACAUUGUCCAGCCUACCCGCAGCAGUAAUCGUGUCCUCAAGGCGUACACAGGCGGGGAGAUUGCAACUUUAGGCAUGGCUGAUGUAACCAUCGCAUCUCCUACGCGUACCAUGUCUUGUAGUUGUUUUGUUGUACCCCAUGGGAAACAUCGUAUUCUGUUCGGCCAGGAUGUGAUCUCUGAACUUGAGCUGUUGGUUCCAGCGCACCUGGUGGACACUGGCAAUUUAGUUGACACCGCACCAAUUUCCAUCUCCGUGGAUGCUGAAGCUAGGCCGGUGGCUCAACCAGCACGACGUCCCCCAUUCCGCGCCAAGGCCGACAUGAACUGCAUCGUCUGGUCAAGGCAGACAUCAUCGAGCCAGUUAAGGAAGCGUCUGGAUGGGUAUCGCCGAUCGUCCCAGUCCCGUGUUGUAACUGAUCUCCUUUCGGGUUUGCCUGGUGUUGUUGUCUAUAUAGAUGACGUCUUGGUGUAUGGUCGCAACCGGGCGGAACACGACGCAUGGCUCGCUAGCGUUUUGGAACGACUCAAAGCUGCUAAUCUCUGUCUCAACUGGGGCAAGUGUCGCACUCGACUGACAUGUGUCAAGUAUCUCGGCCAUGACCUGACGAAGCAAGGUGUUCAACCCGACACAUGCCAGCUUCAAGCUAUCAGUGAACUGUCGGAGCCUACGUGCCUCGCCGACGUUCAGCGUUUUCUCGGGAUGGUCACCUAUCUGGGCAAGUUUGUUCCUCAGCUGUCUCAAGUAACUGAGCCACUUCGUUCGACCGUCAAGCAGCCGGAGCCAUUUGUAGCUCCUGAGAGCCUGAUUGCGGCAUUCAACGCAGUGAAGCAGGCAGUCGCUUCAUCUCUGCAGACAUUGGCGUAG